UUUUUGAAAAAUCACAUCAUUAAAUACUACACACUUAGGACCAACACUUUUAAAGAUCUAAACUAGAUUUCAAGAUGAUGCUCAUUACUUGCUUGGCAACACUUUUCGCUUUCUCAACAGCUCAGAAUGCUACUUGUAGAACGGAUCUGAAUGCUUUGUGGGAAGAUGUCAGUAUUGAUGGAGAGCUUCGCUUAGAACAAGUGGAGGAAGACUUCUUUGAUUUAGCUGCACUGGUGUCAGAAAAUGGUGAUGGAAUUCCCCUUGCUGAUGGAGUUUGCGCAGCUGGUAUAGAUGUCGCCACCUGCCUGAGUGAGAGAGAUGGAGUCAGACUCUGCGAAUUGACAGCCAGCGCUGACAGCAGUUCUGAUCCUCAAGUCAUCACUAUUGAAGAUAUCAGAGUUCUCUUCAACAGAGCGGACGCUACAGGCAAUGGUGUUGUGGACCAGGCAGGAUUUAUUCGUGCAGCAACUGAAGUUUGUACUCAGCUACCAGACUUCGGUGCCGACGAGGCUGACUGCGCAUAAGUUAUAAUUUCCAAGCCGGGCUCCAAGCAUACCAAAGGCGAUGAAAGCAAGGAGGUUGACGAAAAUAACGUAUACAAAAAAUAAAAUGUAUAUAAAUAUGAUUUAAUUUAAUAAAUUAUAAUUAGAAUUGUAAA